GGGGCUUCAUUAGCCUCUCCUCUUCCCCGGUCUGAUCUUUGUCAGCCCGUUUUGCGUCCUUAGUGCGUCAUUAGUAGGCGACAAUUUUGGUGGAAGUUACUGCGCAGGGAAACGCGGUUUCUGCUUAGGUGUGUCUGUGGGGUGGGUAGUGGAGGCCUGUCACCAGGGCAGCGACGUGAGGAAACGGGAACUGAUUAAACAUCGCGACCCCGAAUUAGGGGAGGCAAGUAGUUCUCUCUCGCUUUCCCUGGCAUGAAGCCGCCGUCAAGGCGCCGUUCUGCUCCUGCUCGCUAUGCUCUAGGUCCCCCCGUAGCCCACGUUUGGACAGAUCGAGAAAAGAGACGCCUUCUCAAGGCCUUAAGAGCUCAUGGCGAGGGUCCUCUGCGCCCGGAGCUACUGAAGAAGUAUCUGCCUUCGAGAGAUGAGGCUGAGAUUUUGGCCUUUGUGCAAUUGCUGAAAGAACGGGUUGCGAAGGAAGCAGUCAAGGCACAAUAUCAGUCUCUCAAGAGUCAACAGCAGAAAGGCCCAACUCCAGCACCUAUUGAGGUGUGGACAGAGCUGGCUGAGAAGCUGACAGGGAACCUUGAGAAUAGUGAGACAACUGCAUUUUCUCAGGUUCUAACUGUUGCAUCUGCUGAGCCCCUUAGCUUGCUUCAUUCUGUGCCCCCAAAGCCUGUGAAUGCAAAGACCCAACAGUGUUCUUCCCCAGCUGCACAUGAUGAAAGGGAAGACUCUCAGACUGCAGAAGAGGCUCCUGCAGAAGAGCAAGGAUUCCAUGUGGACUUUGAAAGUAUCUACAAGUACCUUUCCAUGCUCUCACGUGGGUCCAAAGCACCAGAACUCUCUCCAGGUGAGGCAGCUGUGGUCCUGGAUCUGUUGCUAUCACUUCCAGAAGAGCUGGUUUUCCUAGAUAUUGUGAAGCUGAGGAGCCACUUGCACAAAUGCUGUAUGGAAUUGAAUGGCUAUUAUGCUGGUGAAAGCAGCAGAAUAGAAUCAGAUUCAAGCCAGCCUAACAGCAGUGGCAGAGAUUUACGCAAGUCUCUCCCUCUGUACCAGAUCAGUAACUGCCAUCCACAACAUAAAGAAGAUGUUAGCGCUACAGGUGAUUCCAGUGCUGAUACUCUUGAAGCUGCAGUGAUGGACUGGAAGUCUCUAGGUGUCUGUCCUCUGAACUCAUUCUUACUUCCUUUGGAUAUUUUGGCACGAAAGAAAAUGAGCUUGGAUUGAAGAAAUCAGAUUCUGUAAUCUUUUUAAAAACUCUUAUGUGAUACUAGUUCUGAGGAGGAAACCUAGAUUGUUGUCUUGCCACGGAUUUUGUUGUGGACAAUAUUUGCUUGCUUUAAGUAUUCCUCAGUAGAUUAUGUACAUUGCUUUUAGCUUGUCUCAUACCAGUGUUUCUCCUGGAUCAUUUCAACAGUACAUUACUAGACUGGCUGAUUCUAACCUAGAGAUUCAUACUUGCAUUUCUACCGCCUCUGGUAUUUUGGGAUUAGAAAUGGUUUCACAGGUAUAACUGCCUUAGACUGUGUAUAAUUUAAGAUACUGGUGAGGAAUUGUGUGACAUAUAGAAUACAGAGCAGCUGCCUAGUACCAUUUUUGAAAGCUGAAAACUAAGGCAGUCAAAGUAAGAGCAAUUUGAAAGAAUAGGUAGCUUUUACUUGUAAGUUGCUUAUUCUUUGUGACAAAUUCCCAUCACAUACAUACAUACAUAUAAGCUAAACAGAAAUAAAAUUGACUAGUCAACCAUGACAAGUAUUUGCUGAGCUUUAGCUUAAUGCCCUUCUCUUCCAGUUUGUGAUUUUGCUUUGAGACAUGACUCUGGUAUAUCCAUGUGCCCAAGGUUGAUCUGUUAUUGUAGAAAAGGAUACUUCAAGGUGGACACAUGCCCCUUGAGCAGUCAAGCCAGACCAGCCAACAAAAGUAGUUUUCCAAACAGUAGUUACAGAUUAUUCAGCAAAUGAUAAACAAAAAAAAUGGAAUGCUCUGAAUUUGUAUUGUUGUCUCAGUUUUCAUUAUCUUUCCUUUAUCAUGUAGGAGUUCAGAGAAGCCUAAAGAGUAAACACAGAAGUUCCAUGAAUGAUCUCGCAGAAAGGGAAACAUUUAAUCAGAAUGGAGAUACAGCAUUCAUUGUGAUCUAUAGAUAAUGCAACACUGGCUGGACUACAUAUGUGUAAAAUUUCUGGAAAAUUUUGAAGCCAUGGAAGUCACUUUAAAAAAAAACAAACCAGAAAUUCUGGGAAGAACUGAAAUAAAUGUAAUACUUUCUGUUCUAUCAAACAUAAACUAGUGUUACUUGUUUGACAACAUUUAUAACUCAAUUAGCAGAUAAAAUUGCAAUAUUUAGCAUAUUUAUGGAAUUUUGAAGUUAUAAAUGCCUUUGUUUCUACAAGCAAAAUUGCAAAUACAUGUACCUUAAUUUUUACUAUUGGGGUUUGGUACCACAUAUAUGCAAUUGUGCUUAGUAGAUGUGAGGUUUGGGUUCCAAUAAAAAAUCAGAUUUUUUAAAAUUUACAUUGAAUUUUAAAUAAAAUGCUUUGAGGAAAAAAUUGAUCUAAAGAUAGUUUUCUAUUGAAAAUGCUGCAUUAUAAAUGUUAUCAUGAAAUAAAGAUUGGUUCUUAAUUCAGUA